AUGACUAUUCCACCUGCAAAUCAAGGGCUGGGUUGGAUCAUGGGAAGUUCCAGACCGAACAAGCCAGAUAAUUUUGUAGAUUUCCUUCUCGCUCCGUUCACCAAUGAACAUGCUCUUCAUUCACGCCACUGCAGGCUGCGACGCAUGCUCGAGACGGGAGUGUUAAUUGCUGUAUCUGAUAGCAGGAAGGUUAGUGUCGAUGGCAGGACUCUCCAACGAGACACCAAGAGAGAGCAGGACGAACAAGACUACCAAGCCUCUCUCCAACAUGGCACCAGCAUCCGGCUCGGUGACCUCACUUAUAUGCUCGUCUACACAGACCUGAACCGGGAACAACAAGAACACGAACUGCAAGAAGCCUUGGAAAAGGUCAGUGCUGUGGCCACCAACCCCAGCAUGCUUCUAUCACCAACGCCAUCUAAGCCCACUAUCGACUACCAUGGUUAUAGCAUCUUUGAUGCCAAUCUUCACGGCACGACAAGCACAGUAUCUCUAGGAUAUGACAAGGCAAACGGGAAGCCAGUCGCCGUCAAAAUGGUCAAAUGCACUGCUGCACAAUUCAAGGAUCUUCGAAGAGAAAUCAGUAUCCUAGGCCGCCUCAAUCAUGCAAUCAUCAACUGGGAUCCAUUCGCCAACCCACGUGACUGGCGUCAGGACGAGGGACCAACCGUGGGCCUUGUCAUGUCACCACCAGCAACUUCCGGAGCGCUACAAUUACUCGCAACCUGGAAAUCUUUCCCCGUUCCCGCUACUUUUCUUCGCGACUCUGUGCACCAGAUAGCAUCCGGUCUCGCUCAUGUCCACAGCCUCGACAUACUCCACCGCGAUAUAAAACCCAACAAUAUAGUCUACCGCUCCACAAACCCCGUACACGCCAUCAUCGUCGACUUUGGAUGCAGCGAUCUGGGCCCAAAAAGCACUCGUCAUGAUAGAGGCACCAUGACGUAUCUCGCUCCGGAGGUAAUAAGAAUAAAAGACAGCGAAUCAUCUGAGCCGUUUUCCCUCCCAUCAGAUGUGUGGAGUCUAGGUGUCACGGUGGUAGACUUCCUCAUGGGUAAGCCGUUCCACCAACAGCUCGGUAGAGCGUCAAUAUAUCAGUCCUUCAAGAGGACCAUGGCAGAGAAUACAGUUGAAUUGCACCACCCGCUUUUCUGGGAUCUUGCACUCGAGCUUCUGGCUUGGGAUCCGGAGAGUAGACCGUCGGCCAUGCAAGUAGCUCAACGCUUCACAGUCCGGCAAGAAAGCCUUCUCAAGGCAGAUUCUCGACGCGGGUCUGUGAACGAAGAGUCGUCGUUGGCUAAGCGUGAGAAAUUGCAAAGCUGA